AUGGACGAUCCGCCACUCAAACCUGUGUUUCAUGGUUUGACAUUAGAGACGGCAAUCUCGAUUACAAAAUCGGUAUUGCUCGCAAUUGGGUUCAUAUCCACUGUAAUUUUGUUCAAAGUGGCUAUAAUACCAAAAUUUGCCAAUCUUCUUAUCAUAACUCUUCCUCGUUUAUUCUUCUCCUUCAGAUCAUGGCUAUCUCCUCCCUACGUCUUCAUCGUUUUCAACUUGCUCAUGUUCGCCGCCUUUGCUUCCUCUCUCUUCCGUCGCCAAAAAGACACAUCCGAAACUAAUUACACUCCCAUUUCUCAUGAAAAUACUAACGUUUCUCCAUCCGCUCCCUAUAAAUUAACGCAUGAGGACCGGGACUUUUCGAUCAGUGGUCGUUCCGGAGAAAUCUGGAAUGGGAUCCCGGACGAGGAUGAACGAGGAAAAGAGGAGGAAGAAGAGAAACUGCUGAAAUGGGAUUUCCCGACUCUGUUCACUGAAAAAUUCAGUGACCCAUCAUCGAAAAAGCUCUGUGCAUAUUCCUGCGAGACAGAGGAGGAGGAAAAGGAGGGCGGGGGCGGCGGUGACGAUGACUCGAUGGAAGCGACGUGGAAGGCGAUCAUGGAAAGGCAAGAGAAACAGACGCCGCAGCUGAAGAAGAGUCAGACAUGGGACUCCCCUCUGCCGGCUCGGUUAAUUAGAGCCGCCGUACGAGAGGAGGAGCCAGUGGCGUGGGAUCGGAAUGAAGUACGGAAGCCGGAGAAGUUCCAGCAAACGCUGUCGUUUAGGAGAAAGAUAUCGAUGACUUCGGAAGAACUGAAGAGCCGAGCAGAGGCUUUCAUAGAAAUGGUAAACCGAAGCAUACGAUUACAGCGGCAAGAAUCAGAGCAGCGAUUCUUGCAGGCAAUGAAACGUAGCUUUUAG